AUGGAAAAAAUCGGCGAAAAGGCGGCUUCAUCACCGGCGGGCGAAGAGGUUCUGAAUGCGCUCUCGAAAGCAACCCUGUUCGUGGCCGGGCUCGACGAGGAACAAGUCAACAAUGAGGUGCUCUAUAAGGUGUUCGAAACCUUUGGUGAAAUCCGGAACAUCGAUGUACCCUUAGAGAAAAAUAGCAACAACCACCGCGGCUUCGGAUUCGUCGAAUUUGCCGAUGUAGCCGAUGCCCGGGAGGCACUGGAGAACAUGAACGGUGCAGAGCUCUUCGGCAAAACAUUAACCGUCAAUUUCGCUCGGAAGACGCAAGCCUCCGGGCGAACUUGA